AAGAACGUGGCGAGUGCGCGUGCAUCACCAUCAUUACACUGUGGGGGAACUCCAUUAAUUUGUGCUGCUUGAUCAAGCCGCGGCUACCUCAGAGAUGGCCGCCGGCACGGCCGCCACGACGGUGCUGCCCCCGGUGAAGAGCGUGGUGGUGUACAGGAAUGGAGACCCCUUCUUCAUCGGCCGCAGGUUCGUGAUCAACCAGCGACAGGUGUCCACCAUGGAGGCCUUCCUCAACGAGGUGACCCACAACAUCGGGGCCCCGCUGGCCGUGCGGACCCUGUACACGCCCAGGCAGGGUCACAAGAUCGCAGACUUCCAAGACCUUCAGACGGGGGCCCAGUACGUCGCUGCGGGCUUUGAGAAGUUCAAGAAACUGGACUACGUAAACACGGGGGUGAAAAAGCAGCCGGCGGUGCGUGACGACGCUCAGGGAAAAGUCAUCCAGAGGCCCAACGUGUCCGCCAAAUGGAGGAAGUUUGUACCAGUGCCGUGUAUAAUACACGUUUUCCGCAACGGAGACCCUCUGUGUCCGCCGUUCCGAUUCAUCAUUCCUCGCAGCAUGCAGAAGGACCUGGAGCAGAUUCUGAGUCUGGUCACUGAGAAGGUUAGCUUACGGACCGGCGCCGUGCGUAGGUUGUGUUCCGUGGAAGGGGUGACGGUGACCUCAGGCGCGGAGCUGGAGACCGGCCGCUGCUACGUUGCCGUGGGAACAGAGAGGUUCAAGAAGCUUCCGUACGUGGAGCUGCUGGUCUCAAAAGCCACCGAGAGGUAUUACCCAGGGAAGAGACGAACGCUGAGGAGAAAUGUGCAAAAGAAGCCAGGAAGUGGUCCAGAAGACCAGUGUAGUGACUCCGCCCUUCUCAACUCCCCUGAGUCAGAUGGGCGGAGGGUGAAGUCGACAGGUGACGAAGCAGCUCCUCAGCAGCAGCAGCAACAACACAUUCGAGACGGAGAAGACGACGCCUCCAUGUUCUUCACCAAGCCCGCCAGGAGCCGUAAAACAAGAGGUACCCCAAGACCGCCCCUCAGCAAUGGAAACAGUUACACCCAUCGCAGCCUUUUUAAACCGGGAGCACGAAGUAGGAGGGAGGAGGUCAGAGGAGCCGAGGAGGUGCAGGAAGACGAAAAUACAGCCACGGAACUUCCUGUUGAUCAGAGAGUCGCAGAAAUAGUGGAGGAUGAGGAGCUGAACAACGCAAACGACGUUCUGCACAACACACUAAAAGUAUUGCCGCCAUCCGACCCGGACGAGGCGGAAAAGAUUAUAACACCAGACACAGAAGAGGAGUUUAACACUGAAAAUUUGGAGCCUGGGUUCAACAAGAUAACUUUGUCCUCGCCCAACUCUCCCAGAGAAAUUCAGGCAAACAACCUGGAGCAUCAGGAGGAUAAGGUAUUCAAAUGGGGGAAAAUGUAUUUGUUUUUUAAAAUCUACAGUGUGUAUUUCACGUCUGUUUUGCAGGAGGGUCCAAAAGAUGCUUCAUUAGAUGCAGUAGCAACAAACUACCACCAGGGAGGCUUAAUUAAAGAUGUCACAUCGUCAUAAUAAAUAUUUUUGAUUGUGCUUCAAUUAAACUGUGCUAAUGAGCCAAUUAAUAUCAAUAUAAUAUAUGGUUGUUUUUUCUUUUUUUAAAUUAAAAUGUCAAUAAAAGGCAAAACAAACACCACAGGAAGUGCAUUCCUGUCUUAGAAUCUAAAGCUGACAGUAUGACUGAACAAGAAAUUAAAAG